AUGAAAGCCACAGAAUCAGUAGACGAUAAGAAUGGGAAAUUCCCUAAGCUAUCAGAAGAGAGUUUUGCAAACUUCUUCAAUCCCUCAAAUCCAGUAGCCACAAUCAGAAACAUGACAGGAUUAGGCAACAAGGAUUUGAUUGCCGGUAUGAUCGAUAAGGUGAAUAUGUUGGUAGAUGGAGGAGAAUUGAUAUAGGCAGCAGUAAGCUUUAAUCAACCAAAAAUGCUUGAGUACUACAUUGAAAAAGGUGCCAAAGUCGAUAUGCCCCCAGAAACAGUUGGAAAGCUUUACACAGACACUAGCAAACAUCAAGAGUACAGAAAAGCACCAUUUAUCAUCCAGGCAGCCGCAAUUGCUUCAUGGGAUGUAUUCAAUAUUUUAUUGAAGAAAGGCUGCAAGAUUACUGAGCAAGGAUAUAUAGGUUUAUCUAAAAAGAGAAAGAAUUAAGUCAUCUCAAAUGUGAUUGGUGCUGCCGCUUAUAACGGAAGAGCCGAGAUCCUCAAGAAUCUUGUAGGAAAACAUCACUCUGGUCUUCUAUUUGUUGACCAUCCUUCAACUGAAAAGCUUGAUUUUACUCAAAAGGGUACAUUAACCAAAGAAUUCACAGGAUAUACUCCAUUAAUGCUUGCAGUUGCUGGUGGCGGCUAAAACCUUGAAUGUGUUAAACUGUUGAUUUAAGCUAAAGCAGAUACUGGUAUUUUGGAUCCAUUAGGAAAUACAAUCCUGCACAUUGCAGCUUCCUACUAAAACAAUGAAGUUCUUGAAUAUUUGUUGAAGAAUUCCUAAACAAUGAAUGUAUUUGAGAGAAACCAGAAGGGUGAGACUCCCCUCUCUAUUGUUCAAGAAAGAAAAGACGAUAAAGCAUAAAAGGCUAUGAGACUUUUAGAAGAGUAUGCCCAAUGGUAUGGCGAUUAAACAAAAGAAAAAACUGAUUAACUCUUGAAUGACCUAUUAGAAGAAGAAAAUAAGGAAAAGCAGAAAAAGGCUAAGAAUAAGGAAAAGAACAAGAGAUAAAAGAUAAGAUAAUUAGCUUAAAAGGAGGGUGUUAGCUAUGAAGAAAUGGAGAAGAAAUUAGGAGAGGAGAAAGAGCAAAAGAAGCAAGAAGAGGAAAGAAAGAAAAAGGAAGACGAUGAAAGAGCUUUAAUAGAAGCUGAAGAAGAGAGAAGAAUCUAGGCUGAAAGAAUCAGACUCUUGCAAGAGGAAGAAAACAGAAGAUAAGCUAAAAAGGUCAAGUUUGGAGAAGUUGAGUACUCUGAUCAGCAAUAGCAGCAGCAAUAAGCACAACCUAAAGUUUAAGAAAAGAGAAGAGAAGAGCCAAGAUAAGUUGAUACACAACAGCCAGAGUAUAUGCAGACUUCAUUUGCUCACUUAAAGGCUAAGAAGCCUGCCUAAACUGAGAAACCAGUAGUUAAAGAAACUGUAGUUGAGAAAGUCGCUCCUGUUGUUGAGGAGAAAAAGAAGGAUGUUCCAUAGGAAAACUUAAUGAAUAGAAAGCAAAGAAAGCAGAUAGAGAGACAGAAGGAACUUGAAUAAAGGCGCAAGGACAAUAGAUAAAAGGAGGAUGCUCAAGAGGAAAAAGCUUUAAAUAAGGGUGCAAACGAGGAUGAUGAAGAUACUGAAGAUGAGGCUACUUAAGCUGCAAGCAAUUAGGUAUGGGGUCUAGAAUCAGAACUUAAAUUAAAGACUCUUGCUAACCAAAAAGCAAGAAGAAGACUCAGAAAGAAGAUGGAAAAAUAGCAAAAAGAGGAGUAAGAUGUGAGAGACAAGCUCAAGAAGUUGGCUGAGGAUAAAGAAGCUGAGUUAAAGAGGCAACAAGAGGAAGAGGAGGCAAAGCUUAGAGCCGAAGAGGAAGAAAAGAAUAAAAAGUACACAUAUUUCAAGCCUCAAGAUAAACCUCAAUACAGAGUCAAAACUCAAAAGGAAUAAGAGUAGUUGCAAUAAUAAGAGUAAGAGCAGUUAUAAAAGUAGGAAUAAAAGCCACAGAAAGAGAAACCAUAAAAGAAGUAAAAGGAGCCAAAAGUUUAAGAGAAAAUGGUAUAUAGACCUAAGCCAAAAGCACAGCAAACAGUAGAGACUGCUAAUGAGGAUACUAAAAGUCAGACCUAAGAUCUUCAAACAAAUACCCAAGAGACCUCACAAAUUGAGAAUGGCGAUCAUCAUCAAUAUCUUUUGGCCAAAUAAGAAUAAUAAUAGGUAAAACAAUAAAUAAUUGAGAGUCAAGUCCCUCCUACUCAGCAUCAAUAGCCACAUCAACACUAGCAUGAAAAGCUUCUCACUCCCCCAAGCUCACCAACCAAGCUAAAUGAAGUUACUCUCCUAUAAUAAUAGCAAUUAUAGCAUUAGUAAUUCUUGCAACAAUAAUAGCAAUUUAUGGCUCUGAUGACUCCACCAGGAAUGCCACCAGCCUUUGGUCUUCAAAGCAACUAAUCAAUUAUGCCAAACGAGCUUAUUCACUAACAUUUACAACAGCUCUAGGUGAUUAUUCUUUAGAAGGAUAAUGAUAUUCAUCUUUUAAACAGCAAAAUGGUAUUGCUUGAAUAGUAACUUCAAGCAAAGGCUUUGGAGCAAAAUUCAGAGGAUAAAGAACUCAAGAAUCAAGUUAAUCAUUUGAAUGAUUUGUUAAUGAAAGAGAGAGCUAUGACUCAUAUGCUUAAUAAUUAACUCCUUGAUGCUUAAAGAACUUUAUCUGACGAACAAUCAAGAAGAAAAGAGACUGAUGACAAAUAUAACACUCUAUUGAAUGAAACUUAAGGGCGUCAAUCUACCACAAGUUCAGAACAUGAUCUCCUAGACCUAGCUAAUCUAGAACUUAGAGCAAAAGAAAGAUCAUUAAGAGAUGUCCAGAGAAAGAACGAUAUUUAUGAGGGAAAGAACCUUGAGACUAAGAAUAAAUUGGACCUUCAAACUGCCCAAAAGCAACUUGCAGAUGCUUUAAAGAUUAUCAAUCUACUUCUCGAAGGCAAAAAGCAAUGA